UCGGAUGCCUCCUCCAGCGAAUCGGAAACCCACCGCGAAACUCCCAACUACAACAAUAAAAAGAUCGUCUUGCAGCGGUUCACGGUCUACAACUCGAUGCACACGAUGUACGUCAUCGGCAGCAAUAGCCGCGAAAACCUCUUCCGGAUCAUGGAGAUUGGCAAGGCCCAGAACGGUGCUCUCACGAUCCUUGAGGACACCAAUUUCUUUUACACGCGCAAAGACGUGAUUGAUUUGAUCGGCGAGCUCAACAAGUCGGUGCAGGGCGGAGUCCACCGCGUGGGCCACGGCCACGGACUCCUCGGGCUUAUUCGCUUCACCAAGGGCUACUACCUUUCGCUCAUUACCAAAUGCUCGCAGGUGGCAAUCCUCGGGGGGCACUACGUGUACCACAUUGACGAAACGCAGUUGAUCCCUGUGGACUUUCUCUACAGCAAACCGCGGAAGCAUUCGGACGAGGAGCGCCUCUUGGCAAUCUUCCGCAACCUCGACCUCGGCAAAACAUUCUACUUUUCCUACACAUACGAUAUCACCAACUCGCUCCAGACGAUCUGCGUACGCGAAAAAAUGCGCGCGAUGGCACACGCUGCGCGAGACGCUGCACGCGACGACGCACCGUUCGCCCACAACGAGCGGUUUGUGUGGAACGCGCACCUCCUCUCGCCCGUGUUUGCGAGCGUGGACGACCCUGCGCGCGUCCACGACUGGUUCCAGCCGAUGAUCCAUGGGUUUGUAGACCAGGCAAACAUCUCCAUUUUCGGACGCAAAGUGUACAUCACGUUGAUCGCGCGGCGGUCGCACCACUUCGCGGGCGCACGGUUCUUGAAGCGUGGCGUUAACUCACGUGGCGACGUCGCAAACGAGGUCGAGACCGAGCAGAUCGUGUGCGACCAGCUCCACACAUCUUUCCACGACCCAAAAUACGGCUUCUACAACAACCCGCGGUUCACAAGCUUCGUCCAGCACCGUGGCUCGAUUCCCCUCUUCUGGACCCAGGACAUGCUGAAGCUCCCCAAGCCGCCGAUAGAGGUGAAUCUAUCAGACCCCUUCUACCGGAGCGCCGCGUUGCACUUCAAUAACUUGUUCCAGCGCUAUGGCGCGCCGGUGUUGAUUCUCAACUUGAUCAAGACGAAGGAGAAGAUGCCGCGCGAGAGCAAGCUCUUUGGCGAGUUUGUCAAAUGCAUUGGGUACCUCAACCAGUUCCUUCCGCUGACCGCAAAGCUCAAACACACGUCGUUGGACAUGUCGCGGGUGUCCAAAAAGGGUGGAGACGUGAUCACGCCGUUGGAAGCCAUCGCGGAAAAGAGUAUAAGGACCACGGGGUUCUUCCACAACGGAAUUUCUUUGGAGCGGACCAGUCUCCAGAAGGGGAUCAACCGUACCAACUGCAUUGACUGUCUCGACCGCACGAACGCUGCGGAGUUCAUCAUCGGGAAGAACGCGCUCAGCUACCAGUUGUACACACUCGGGUUCAUCGCCGCGCCAAAGUUGCCAUACGACAGCGAUGUGGUCAACAUUCUCACGGAAAUGUUCCACGAUCACGGUGACACGAUAGCGCUCCAGUAUGGGGGGUCACACUUGGUCAACACCAUGGAUUCGUACCGUAAAAUCAACCAGUGGUCGUCGCAUACGCGCGACUACAUCAACUCGAUCAAGCGCAUCUACAGCAACAGUUUUAUGGACUCACUCCGCCAGGAGGCCAUCAACUUGUUUUUGGGAAACUAUGUGUAUGAGGUGGGCAAGACCAAGUUAUGGGAGUUGGCUAACGACUUCUGGUUGCACAACGACAGCGUUUGGAUGAGCAAAAACUUCCGCACGCGCAACUCCUACAUCCACUGGUACAACGAGCGGUAUUUAGAGGAAGCAGGCACCGUAUUCGCCCUCUGCAACUCCGGAAAACACUGCAUUAAGACGCGCAGUGAUACCGACGCAGACUCCGCGCGGCUCCUGGUUCCAAUGCUCGAGCCGUACCCAGGCUACAUCAACACCUGGUGGAAUGAGACCUAUGUGCCCCGUAACUUCACAUCCAUGGAGGAUGUGUAUCAGUUCAACAUGAACUCUACCGCGCGGUACUUUCCCACGCAGAUGACCGAGUCGUUCGAGUUUGACUUUUCGCCGUUUGAGACGCGAAAGCCGGAGUUGCAGAACGAG